AUGGAUUCAUCAAAUUCUGCCUUGCCAAGCACGGAUAAAAACCAUGUCUUACUACCUCCUUCGCUGGAACUCGCCAGAAUCAACACUCUACCUCAGACGGCGUACUAUAUCCCCAACUUCAUAACCGAGGAAGAAGAGCGGAACAUUCUGAAUAAGAUAUCCAGCGCUCCCAAACCAAGGUGGAAACAGCUUACAAAACGACGUCUUCAGACCUGGCCUUCAGAUCUCGUUAACAACAAACUCCUUGAAGCUCCUCUCCCUCCCUGGCUUCAAGACCCCGUCAUAUCCCGUCUACUCUCAAUGCCAUCCCAAGACUCCUUGUCAGAUCACAUAUUCGAAGACAGUCCUCACAAGAUGCCGAAUCAUGUCCUCAUCAAUGAGUAUCCACCUGGUAUUGGUAUCAUGCCACAUAAGUUGAGUAUACAUCAAGACGGCGCGGCAUAUUGGCCAGUUGUGGCAACCGUGAGCCUUGGGACCAGUUUAUGCCUGGACCUGCAUCGCAGCAAGGAGGACGGCGCUCUUGACCCCGAACCUGUUUGGAGAAUCCUCCAGGAACCCCGUAGUUUACUGAUCACGGCUGGCCAGCUGUACACCGACUAUCUCCACGGGAUUGCUGAUAUCGAAGAGGAUGUCAACUUGAGUGCAGAAACCGUUGCCAACUGGGAUCUUCUCUGUUCUCCCGACGCAUACGCCAAUGGCCGGAAUACCCGUCAAACUCGCACAAGCCUGACGUAUCGAGAUGUUCUUCAGGUAUCAAAGGUCGCGAACAAGCUCGGCAUGUUCCUCAAACGAUGA